AUGGCCGCCCGCAGCCUGGACGAGUACGAGGCCAAGCUCCAGGAUGCCAGUACGGACGUCAAAACCAAAGGCAUCCUGCUCACUGAGCUGCGCGACAAUAUUGACAUUUGGUGUCAAGGUGGCAGCUAUAGCGUCUUCUUGGACAAAUUCGUGCCUGCCCUUUUAAGCAUACUUUCUGGCCCACCAGUCUUCAUAUCGACUUCACCCGAACAGAAACUACGACAAUGCGCCCUCGAGAUCAUCCACCGAUUGCCUCUGGGCUCAAGUGCUGCGGACAACAGCGUGGCCGAGCCCUACGCGGAGAAGAUCGUUGAUAUGUGCUUGGCGUUGGUCAAGACUGAAAACGAGGACAAUGCGGUGUUGUGUCUAAAGAUCGUCAUGGACUUCUGCAGAUAUUACACCAAGACUCCGGCGGUGAACGAAAAGGCACAACCAUUCUUGGAGCUCAUCCUCGAACUCUUUGAUGGCAUGGAGCAGACGGUUCGGGACACAUUCGAUUCACCAUCGCCUAAUGCUGGAGCGACAGCGGCUGUCGGUGCGCCCGGUACACCAAGUGCUGGUGGUACUCCAGGCUCACCCGUCGCUUCUGUGGCUUCCUCCAUUCCGUCUGUGGACACCGGAUCCGAGCAGCAGCAGACUCGACAGCUCGCCAAGGGCAUGCACAGCUUCAAAGUUGUCGCGGAAUGUCCGAUCAUUGUUGUGUCCAUCUUCCAGGCACAUCGUGGUCUAGCACCCAAGAAUGUCAACAAGUUCACGCCCAUGAUCAAGAAGACGCUAUUGAUCGAGGCUACACCACAAAAGCGAGCACAUGAGGAGGCGGAAGGCAGAGGCGAGGUUUUCACGAAAAUCGCGAAGGAGAUCAAAACAAAAGGCCAAGCCGCAGCAUUCGGAGAGUUGGUUACUGCUCAGGUCAAGACCAUGAGCUUUCUUGCAUAUCUGCUACGAGCCUAUCAGAACUCGUUACAAGAUUUCUUGACGACUCUGCCGAAUUUGACUGUGCGGCUACUCCAGGAUGUGCCACGCAGUCACACCGCAACACGGAAGGAGUUGUUGGUGGCGAUCAGACAUAUCAUCAACUUUAGCUUCCGCGCGCAUUUCCUGCCCGUCAUCCUACCGCUUCUCGAUGCAAAGACACUGGUCGGCGACUCGCUUACUGCGGAUAUCACACUGCGACCAUUGGCGUAUACUAUGCUUGCCGAUCUGAUACAUCACGUCCGCGAGUCACUGCAACCAGAGCAGAUAUCGAAGGUGGUCUCUGUCUACGUUGGCCACUUGACUGGCGAUGAUGGAGUUGAGGUACCGGGUACAAGCUACCAGACUAUGAGUGCGAAGCUGCUACUCAACAUGGGCGAGUGCAUGUCAAAGAUGGAGGACAAGCGCAAUGCACGAUACCUCAUGAUGCUCGUCUUGAACGGCAUAGCUGACAAAUUUGCCGCCAUGAACCGCGCAUACCCUAACUCUGUCAAACUUGCACGCCAGCAGACCGAAGCGAGCGAGCGCACGGGCGGCCAUCUCGAUGCCGUACCAGAGAACUUUCUAGCAGAUUCCGAAACCAAGCCAGACUGGGAUGAGACCGACAUCUUCUCCGGCGCCAUGCCCAUCAAAGCCGUCAGUCCACGCGACCGAGCAACAGAUCCAGUCACAGAGAACAAGUUCCUGUUCAAGAACCUCUUACACGGCCUCAAAACCUUCUUCUACCAACUCCGCAACAGCAACACCCCGGAAGUCAAAGAUGCACUCGACUCGUCCCUCGUUCCUCAAAACUGGGCUGAACUCUCCUGUGGUUUUGAGGCCGAAGAGGUUGAAGUUCUGAUCAAACUCUUCCGCGAAGGCGCAAGGUGUUUCCAGUAUUACUCGCCCCUAGAAGGCGAUGGAUCAGUCAGCACCACCACAGCCGAAGCCGCCAGCUCCCAGUCCCUUGCGUCCUCUACCGCCAUCACCAAGGAGGAGAAGGAGUUGUUGGAGACAUUUGCGACGAUCUUUCAUCAUCUGGAUCCGGCGACGUUUCACGAGAUCUUCACUUCGAAGAGUCCGGUUUCGGAUGCUGUUAGGGCGGGAAUGGAGACGGGGAUGGAGUUCUUAUAUCAGCUUUGCUUCACCCACCCGGCUCUGCUGCAUGUGCCGCAGUUCCUGCUCGCCUCCGAAGCCACCUCUCCAGCGUUCUGCGGCAUGCUACUGAGGUUUCUGAUGAGCAAGCUGGACGAGGUCGGGCAACGGGAUAAUGUCAAGACUUCGGUUCUGCUGCGCUUGUUCAAGCUGUCGUUCAUGGCCGUGACACUGUUUAGUCAACACAAUGAGGGCGUGCUGCUGCCGCAUGUGCGCGAGCUCAUUACGCGUUCUAUCGAGCUUAGUGUAACGGCUGACGAGCCCACGAACUACUUCCUGCUUCUGCGAAGUCUCUUCAGGAGUAUUGGUGGAGGAAGAUUUGAGCAUCUUUACAAGGAGAUCUUACCGCUGUUGGAGAUGCUUCUGGAAGUGCUUAAUGUUCAGCUCGCUGCUGCAGAGGAUGGUGGGAAGCGAGAUCUGUUCGUCGAGCUCUCGCUUACAGUGCCCGCCCGGCUCAGCCAUCUACUUCCACAUCUGAAUUACCUCAUGCGGCCACUGACAGUCGCCCUCCGAUCUGGCGACAAGAUACCAGCAAGCGAAGCCCGUGGCUCCCAGCUCGGCUCUACCUCAGCCUCCGAGAUGCGAUCAGGCAGUGCGGGAACCUCGGAGCUUACGGCGCAAGGCCUUAGGACCCUCGAGCUAUGCGUUGACAAUUUGACAGCGGAUUAUUUGGACCCAAUCAUGUCACCGUAUAUGGAAGAGAUCAUGGGUAGUCUAUGGCGAAUGCUGAGACCCAGUCUUACCACGACCGCUGGACCUGGUCUACCUAGUGUCGUGACCGGCCAUCAGCAAUCGCAUACUGCUGUCCGCAUCCUUGGCAAGCUUGGAGGCAGGAAUCGCAAGUUCUUGACUGGUCCUCCAGCGCUUGAGUGGCGUGGCUAUGCGGAUGAUGAAGCUUCGGUAGAUGUCAGGCUCAUUGGUGCAAUUUCUAAUGGUGGUGAGAGAGCUUUGCCUGCACGACUGGGCAUCGACACGGCCGUCGAGAGAUUGUGGGAGCCGGCGCCGAAGGCUGAGAAGGAGAAGCAGAGGGAUGAUCAUUAUAAGCGGCAGGCUUUUAGGCUUGUGACGAGCCAUGUGAAGCUUCUCAUUGGCUUCGAUCAGCUUCCAGACGACCUCGCAAGAUUGGUUCGACUGCAAGCUAAUGACUUUGCGGAGAAGAACUACGAUGUUGGUGCGGACAUCUUCUCGGUCUCCGAGAGGCAUAAGAGCGCUCCGAAGCGUGAUGUGCAGCAGAAAACUCUGCUGCAGCUUCUCAAAGCGUUGAUAUGGACCGCAGGCACGCCCGGCGACGUGCAACAGGAAGCCCAGCAGUUCUUAGCGGGCCUCUAUCGGCAUCACAUGAUCGUUGAACUGGGGAUAGCAUUGGCAAAGGAGAAGCGCAAACGCAGGCCUUUCGACGUCAAGAGCGGCGAAGGUCCAGUAUACGUCGAUACGGGCAUCCUUGCGGAUGCUAUCUGCCACUCCUUAGCCAGUGAUGUGCUAGAGGUGCGACAGGUGGCGCAGCAAGCUAUGCAAGACUGCCUCGAGACCUCUGCAAUCCUCUUUGGUCGCGCCUCAAUCUUCGGUGGCGAAGACGCGGUAGCCGAGACUCUGCCUUUCUUCAACAAAAUUGCCGACUGCUGUAUUCACGCUUGCUACGAAGAAGAAUGGUUCACUAAAUCUGCAGGCGCACUAGGCAUUAGUAUCCUCAGUGAUGUCGAAAAGAUGAAGUUCAGCAAUCAGUGGAUUGCGGACAAGCUGGUUGACUUCGCGCGAGCACUUCUCUAUGUCAUCAAGGACAUGCCGCAGGAUCUUCCGGCUGGCAUAAGACUUCAGGCUUGGGAGACUCUUGUCACACUCGUCAAGCGGUUUGGUGGUAGCGAUCUGGCCUCGAAGGAGGGCCUGGAGGAUAAGGAGACGAAGGUGCGGCAAUUGGCGAACAUUCUCAUAACAGAGGUCAGCCACAUGAACCGCCAUGUCCGUGCGGCUGCUCAGGAGGGCCUCAAGACUUUGGCUGGAGAGUUGAGCAUUCUUAUCCAUGACCUGGUCAAUCCGAUCAAAGAUCCCCUCAUCCAGCCGAUCUUCAACAAGCCGCUUCGUGCUUUGCCUUUCCCGGCGCAGAUUGGUUAUAUCGAAGCUAUCAAGUUCUUACUAGAUAUGGAACACGAUGUCCUGACCUUCAACGACGAGCUGACGAGGCUCUUGUUUGAGACACUCGCGCUUGUUGAUGCCGAGGAUGAUGCUCUGGCGCCCAAGCCCGGCGAGUACAGGACUGCAGAGUCCAUUGUGAGAUUGAGAGUUGCUGGUCUGAAACUAUUAGGCACAGCGAUCAGAUUCCCGGGCUUUACGGGACAGCAGCAGACUACCACACCCACGCAAGGCACUCAGUCACAAUCUCAAGGUGCGAAUGGCUCACAGCAACCAUCUUCUCAACAAGGUACACCACAACAGCAACAAGGCGGGCAGCAUAGAGCUCGUGUCAUCAGCAUCUUCUUCAAAAGUCUGUAUAGCAAGAACAAGGAAGUCGCCGCCGCUGCCAACGCGGGUCUGAAGAUUGUUCUCGCUGCCACGCAGAAGCUGCCAAAGGACCUGCUGCAGAAUGGUCUUCGGCCCAUACUCAUGAACGUCCAAGACCCUCGUAAACUAUCUGUUGAGGGUCUGGAGGGACUUCGCACGCUCUUGCAGCUUUUAACGAAUUACUUCAAAGUCGAGAUAGGAACGAGACUUCUGGACCACAUGAAGACGAUCGCCGACACGACGGUGCUUCAGAAAGUGUCUUUCACGCUUAUCGAGGCACAACCUAAGAUGCGAGUCGUCCAGGCCAUCUUCUCUGUGUUUCAUUUACUACCUAACGCGGCAGCACAGUUCCUGAAUGAAUUGGUGGAGAGGGUGGUGAGGCUUGAGGAGGGUUUGAGGAGGACAAGAGGAAGUCCUUUCCGUGAGCCGUUGAUCAAGUACCUCAAUCAUUAUCCGAAUGAGAGCUGGACCUACUUUAAGAAGGCUAUCGAGGAUCCAAAGAAGGGCAGAUUCUUUGCGCAGAUACUCGCUGAUCCCGAAGCUGAUGCUUUAAGGAAAGCAAUUGUGGAUGAUGCCGAGGGUUUCGUUGCUGCUUUCACUGCGCCGGAGCUUCUUGGCGAGGAAAAGGCACAGGCGCAGGUCAAUGCUAUACAUAUUGCUGACUCGAUAUGUUCCUUCGUGGACACUGGCAAGGUGUUGAUGGAGAAGGAGACGAUGAGAAACAGCUUACUGCAAGCUGCGAAAGAGGUUCAAGCGCAGCGUGAGGCCGAGCCAGCUUCACUCUCUGCCACUUUGAGAUUGGCUGUUGUGCAGUCGGUCGAGCAAAUCAUGCGUAUUUUCGUUGUUUACUUGGAGCACAAGAAGGACGAUCUGGAUACGCUCUUCGGACUCAUGGAAUCUUGUACCACUGGCGAGCUGCAGGCUACGCCGCCGUUGUUCGCUUACCUGUACACUGACAUAAUCACGACUGAGGACGUGGAGUACCAACGAUCAGUUGUCACUCGCUGUAUCGACACAUAUACCGCGACCGCUCAAGGCGCUUCGCAAAGGCUGAAGUGGUUCAUCUUCCACAAUGUCCUGAACCCUGUUCUCGCAAGCGACGUCAUGCGGAAUUGGGACAAGUUGUUCGAGGCCAACAACAAAGGCACGCCACUGUUCAAUCGAGAGAUGGCGGAUGCCGUGCACAACAAACUCUGGAAACCUCAAUCGGUCGCUGACAUUUCGGACGACGGUACGCAAGGCGUUGAUCACAGUCGCAUGGAGCUGCUUCAAACCAGCGCAUUUCUGGUCAAGUAUCAUCAUAACAUGGUGCAAGAUGCUCGCAAGGAUCUCAUCAAAUUCGGCUGGAAUUAUAUCCGUCUUGAGGAUCAUAUCAACAAGUACGCCGCUUACUGCCUGAUUGCUUACUUCAUCGCUCACUACGAGACACCUGCGAAGAUUGCAAUGCAAGUCUACAAUACACUCUUACGCGCCCACCAAGCUGAAGGCCGAAAUCUCGUCAUGCAAUCCCUGGAGAUCUUAGAGCCAGUCCUGAAGAAGCGCCUUGGUGGCGGACCUGAUGGCAGGCAAAGUGUCUGGUCUCGUCUACCUAGGAAGAUUUUGAGCGAGGAACAGGGCAACGUUCCGCAAUUGACCAGCAUUUACCAUUUCCUUGUCCGCCAUCCAGACCUCUUCUAUGAAGCUCGUGAUGGUUUUGCGCAGAUCUUGAUUCCUAGCAUUGGCAAGGUUGCGCAGCUGCCUAGUCCUUCUGCGGAGAGUCGACGACUUGCGCUUAAUAUCUUCAGUCUGAUAUGGCAGUGGGAGGAGAAGACUGUUACUGAGGAUGGGUCGCUCGAUGGUGCUGACUCGCCUUCUGCCGAGGGUAGUGGUGUGAAGAAAGCAGCAGUAGCUCCAGCUCCUGUGCGCAUGAUGUUGAUCAAGUACAUGGUGCAAUUCAUCGCCACCCUGCCAGAGAGGUGCCCAACAAGCAAGCCGAAAGAGGCAGCCCAGCCCCAGCAAUUGCAACAACCGAACCAGAUCUCGACUGAGACUGUCACGAGAUCAUUGGAUCUGCUUAGCAAGCUUCUAGCAGCGCCAUACUGGGACGAUCUAGACAUCGAUGCCAUGUUUCCGAAGGUUACCGAGCAGAUAUUGUGCAGUGAGCAUAAGCAGGACGAGAAGGUCGAUACGUGGACAACGCGCGUGGUCAACACGGUGCAGAUUCUGAAAGUGCUUGUCGCCAGCAGAUCGGAAGAGUGGAUCGUGGCAAGACUGCCGCAAUUGCAGAAGCUGCUUGCAAAGCCCUUGCGCAGCGAAGAACAGGAGGUGCAGGAUGCCCUGUUCAACAACGACUUAGCGGAAGGCGACGUCCCACUUCUCCAGCGUGUUCUUAGGGCCAUCCCUGUCGGUCUACCAGAUGACGAGCUUCCCGAUGCUGAUAGUCCGACGGAAGAGUUCAUUACCUUUCUGAGCACGCUCGCGGGCGAUGUCAUCAACAGUGGGAACAACCUUGCUGGCAUCAAUAUCCUGUGGGAGAUGGCGCAGCGUAAACCUGAUGAAGUAGACACUCACAUCCCAGCCCUGCUGAAGGCGCUGCAGACAAAGCUCGCCAAAGACCAUCUGGCUGCGACUAUGAAUCCGCAGAUUGCCCUCGCACAAGGCAUGCAACCUCAGCUGCCAAGCUCGCAAGAAGUCGAAAUAGUGGUCAACCUCAUCAUCAAGAUCAUCGACAUGCUCUCGGCGCGCAUCAGCACGCUGGGCGAGCAGCGCAGACCUUACCUCAGUGUACUCGCAUCACUUGUCGAGCGUAGCGCGAACAACAAGCUCUGCAAGAAGAUCCUGGACCAAGUCAAUGAGUGGAUCUUCCAUCCUACUGAGCCUGUUCCAACGCUCAAGGAGAAGACGGCUGUUUUACAGAAGAUGAUGCCUUUCGAGAACAAGGCUGAUCCUACGUUAUACAUGCUCUUCAUGGAUCUCGUUAUCAGAAUCUACGAGGAUCCCAAGAUCUUGCGGUCCGAGCUGGCCGUACGCAUGGAGCAAGCGUUCCUCAUUGGACUGCGUAGCCCUGACGUCGAGCUCAGGGCACGGUUCGUGACCAUUUUCGACCGUGCGCUGAGCAGAUCUACUAGCAACCGCUUCUUCAAGCUCAUCAGCGAACAGCAGUGGGAUGUGCUUGGUGACAGCUUCUGGCUCAGUCAGAUCAUCCAGCAGAUGUUUGGCUCCAUCGAUCAGCAGAGUGCUGUGCAUCUGCAUCACGAAGACUUCCGCUGCCUGCCUGCCUCGAAGAUAUUUGCCACUUACGCGAACGAGCCGCGCUUAGCAGAUGUCAUGCUCGACGAUUCCUUCGAAAGCCUGAUUUCAAGCGAGAAGCGCUUCAUGCAGGAUGUUGGCAGUCUCACGCACGACAUAUGGGUGGCGUACUUCCCGAUGGCCUGGUCGACCUUGUCCAAAGAAGAUCGUGAGGACAUCGAGCAAGGUCUUGUCGGCUUGCUCACCAAAGACUUCCAUCAGCGACAAGUGGACAAGCGACCAAAUUGCGUCUCGACUCUCCUUGAAGGUAUCGCACGAGCCAAACCAGUCUGCAAAUUUCCGCCACACGUCAUGAAAUAUCUUGCAAAGACCUAUGAUGCAUGGUAUGUGGCCGCCACCUUUAUGGAGGACCUUGCAAUGAAGCCCGUCAUCGACACAUCCACCGUUCGUGAAAGCAAUCUCGACGCUCUUGUCGAGCUGUACGCAAAUCUGGAAGAAGGGGAUCUGUUCUAUGGGACCUGGCGUCGGAGAGCGCAGUUCGUGGAGACUAACGCGGCGCUUUCCUACGAGCAGAAUGGUAUCUGGGACAAAGCUCAGAACAUGUACGAGCAGGCGCAGAUCAAGGCUCGUACUGGCUCACUGCCAUUCUCACAAGCAGAGUAUAUGCUGUGGGAAGAUCAGUGGGUCCUCUGUGCGCAGAAGUUGCAGCAGUGGGAGGUCCUUGCUGAGUUUGCCAAGCAUGAAAACAUCAACGACUUGUACCUCGAGGCUGUUUGGCGUAAUUACGAUCAGCCUACUUGGCGCGAGAAGGAAAGCAGGGACGGUCUCGACAGCAUUGUCAAGGCUGUGUCCGAUGCUCCGACGCCACGAAGAAUGUUCUUCUCUGCGUUCAUGUCUCUACUGAAGUUUCACAACAAGGAAGAGACACUACAAGACUUCCAGAGAAUUUGCGAUGAGAAUAUCCAGCUAUCAAUUAAGAACUGGCACAAGCUGCCACACCGCAUCACGAACGCACACAUCGGGCUGCUGCAGAAUUUUCAACAGUUGGUCGAGCUACAUGAUGCUAACGUCAUCUGCCAGAGCUUGGCCCAGACGAAUGCUCAGAAUCUCGAUUCCAAGUCGCAAGAACUCAAGGUCCUUCUCAGCACAUGGCGAGACCGCCUGCCGAACUUGUGGGACGACAUCAAUGCCUGGCAAGAACUUGUUACCUGGCGCCAGCAUAUCUUCCAGCUGAUCAACACAACCUACCUGGGCCUCAUUCAACCUCAGCCGAACAACGCGACGAGCAAUAGUUUUGCCUAUCGCGGCUACCACGAGACUGCAUGGAUUAUCAACCGAUUUGCACACGUAGCACGCAAGCACCAUAUGCCGGAUGUGUGCAUUACACAGUUGAGCAAGAUCUAUACAUUGCCGAACAUUGAAAUUCAAGAAGCCUUCCUCAAGUUGCGUGAGCAAGCAAAAUGCCACUAUCAGAACAAGAGUGAGCUCACAAGCGGGUUGGACGUGAUCAACAAUACCAAUCUCAACUACUUCGGACAGCAGCAGAAGGCGGAAUUCUAUACACUGAAGGGCAUGUUCCUGAGCAAGCUCAAUCAGAAAGAUGAGGCGCACGAUGCUUUCGGCACCGCCUUAUUCUUCGACAUCAAGCUACCAAAGGCCUGGGCGGAGUGGGGUCGAUAUAGCGACCAUCUUUUCAAGGAGAAUCCGAAUGAUCUCGAGCUCGCCGGCAAUGCCAUCAGCUGCUACUUGGAGGCUGCUGGUCAAUACAAGAGUGCCAAGUCAAGGAAGCUGCUAAGUCGCAUCUUGUGGUUGCUCAGCUUGGACGAUGCCCAAGGCACACUUGCCAAGGUCUACAGCAACUUCCAAGGCGAGCAUCCAUGGUGGUACUGGGUGACGUUCAUUCCUCAGCUGCUCAACAACCUGUCGCGCACAGAAGGCGAGGCGAAUAUAGCGCAUCAGAUUUUGACCAAUCUUGCUAAGACCUAUCCACAAGCUCUACACUUCCAGCUUCGCACGUCACACGACGACAUGCAGGUCAUCAGGAAGUCGACUGCAAUGAAGGAACAGCGUGAGAAGGCCUCAAAGGAGGCAAAGAGCCGCGGCGAGGCUGUCAAGCAAGAGUCGCCUUCUGCUCGACCGGAGAGCUCAGGUGGUCUGUCAAGGCCAGGCACUGCUGGUGGAGAUGUGCAAAUGACCAAUGGCACUUCUGAAGAGGUGCCGAAGAAGGAGGGUGGUGACGAUGGCAAAGCGGAUGAUACUCCCCGACCAAAGAAGGCCUGGGAGCACACUGAAGCGCUCGUGAUAACACUCAGGACCGCCUUCCCAUUGCUCUACGCUUCCAUGGAGGCCAUGGUCGAUCAGAUUCAGAAGCACUUCAAAUGUCCACCAGAUGAGGAUGCCUACAGGCUCAUCAUCGCCCUGCUGAAUGACGCUCUUGGCUACGUUGGCCGCUCACCACACAGCUUCGCCACUGAUAGCAAGCUACCAAAUCAGACAGAGGCAAACAUUAUCCGCUUUGCCGAGUCGAUUCUGCCACCCCACAUCCGGAAGGGCUUCGAGGCCGACUUCGUGGCGAAGAAGCCGACGAUGCUUGAGUACAUUCAGAAACUGCGAAAAUGGCGGGACAAGCUUGCGGAGAGGUUGGACAGACGUCCGACGACCUUCCAUCUCGCCGAGACGACUCAUCUGAGUGGCUUCAGAUUUGUGUGGUUCGACGAGGUCGAGGUGCCUGGACAGUACUUGCAGCAUCGUGACAAGAACCAAGAUUUCGUCAGGAUCGAGCGCUUCUUGCCUGUUGUCGAUCUAGUGAGGGGUGUUGCAGGUUGCCAUCGCAGGCUGAAGAUUCGCGGGCACGACGGUAGUAUCCACCCAUUCGCCAUCCAGCAUCCUGCGCCACGACACUCACGGCGUGAAGAGCGGAUACUGCAGCUCUUCCGCAUUUUCAACAGCACUCUUGCCAAGAAGAAAGAGAGUAGGCGUAGGAAUCUCCAAUUCCACCUGCCAGUCAUGGUGCCACUAUCGCCGCAGAUUCGUAUGAUCCAGGAUGACGCUUCUUACAUCACCCUGCAAGGCGUCUACGAGGACUACUGCCGCCGCAACGACAUUGACAAGGAUGAGCCGACGAUCUUUACGAUGGAAAAGCUGCGAGGUCUAUCACCACAGAAGCAAGAUCAGUUUCUCAAUGUUCGAAUGGAGGCAUUGCAUUAUGUGCAGGACAAGUAUGUGCCAAAAGACAUCGUCCGCCACUACUUUGCCGCCACCUACCCAUCCUUCGACUCUUUCUGGCUGUUCCGCAAGCAGUUUUCGUAUCAGCUGGCUGCACUCACAUACAUCACCUUCACCAUGCACAUGACCGUGCGAUACCCGAACAAGAUGAGCAUUGCACGACGCAACGGUAAUAUAUGGGGCUCAGAGCUACUCCCGUUCAUGCCGAGCACUCGACCUUACUUUCAAAACCCCGAACCAGUACCAUUCCGUCUCACGCCGAAUCUGCAGACGCUGAUGGGUCCUAUCCACACCGAAGGCAUCUUCACUUGUGCACUCAUGGCCAUCGCUCGUUGUCUCACGUCAGAUUCGUCCUACACGGGCGCGAACACAGCUCAGGCGAAUGGCGCUGCACAGCCGAACGGGUUUCUGGAAGGCACUAGUUGUGAGCUCGAGCACCAUCUGUCGAUCUUCAUAAGGGACGAGAUGGCCUUCUGGUACAUGAGCUCGCAUCGCAACUCGAUUAAGGAGAAUGAGCUCCGAGACAAUGUGCAGAGGAAUGCCGAUGCUAUUGUGAGCAAAGCAUUGGUUAUCGCGAAGGAGCCGGCGGCUGGGAAUCUGCCGGCUAGCCAGAGUGUGCUGGACUUGGUGGCGAGGGCGACGAAUCCGGAGAAGUUGUGUCAGACGGAUAUGCUGUGGAUGCCGUGGUUGUAG